AUGCUGUGUAGGCUCGGAGGUCCGUUGCCGGCUAUGCUCACCAGCGCCAUCCUAGGCCAAGCGCAGAGGGACUUGGUGAUCCGCCGCACUCCCACGGUGAAGCUGAAGAUGAACAUUGAGAUCAGCAUCGAGGAGUUCAACGCGGACCAGUUCCAAACGAACUUGGCCAUUCUGCUGGGCAUCCCACCAGAGCGCAUCGUGGUGGCUGCCGUCUCUGCCCGACGCCGGCUGACCUUGGUGGAGACGGACGAGUCAGAUGCCAGCUCUGUGCUUUGUACUUCCUUGGACGAUUGUCAGACGCCAAGGCGUCGUUUGGCGACCACCACGGCCACUGCUUUGGACGUGUCCAUUACCCCCUCGGACGAUGCCGCAGCCGCAGCAUCUGGCGGCGACGCGGCCAGCACAGGCACGGAUGCCUUGAACGCACAGACCUCGGAGCUGACGGAGGUGAGCAACAACUUGCAGGCCCUCUCCAGUGGAUCAGAGCUGGCGGCUGCAGUGGGCGCCGAGGUGGUGGUAGAAGAGAUCGCUGCUCCGGUGGAACCUGAUGAGGCGGCCAACGAGGCUGUGCCCAGCGAUGCGGAGACGGCGACGGUGGAGGUCAUCGAUGUCACUGCGGUGGCCGAGACCACUGCUUCUGCAGAGGUGUCGGCGCAGGCAAACUGUGUCACCACCUUCGGAGUGAGCGUCAGUGAGCUCAGCGUGCUGUGA